AGCUCUGGCAUCGGCGAGGCGAGCGUGUACCAUGCUCUCGUCGUCAUCUUCUUGGAGUUCUUCGCCUGGGGCCUCCUUACGUCCCCCAUGAUCACCGUCCUUAAUGACACCUUCCCAGAUCACACCUUCCUCAUGAACGGCCUCAUUGUGGGGAUCAAGGGUAUACUGUCAUUUCUGAGCGCUCCGCUGAUCGGCGCCCUCUCAGACUUAUGGGGUCGCAAGUUCUUCCUUUUUAUCACCGUAUUCUUCACCUGCCUCCCCAUUCCUUUCAUGAAGAUCAACACCUGGUGGUACUUCGCCCUGAUCAGCAUGUCAGGUGUGUUCGCGGUCACCUUUAGCAUCGUGUUUGCCUACGUCGCCGACGUGACAGACGAGUCUGAGCGAAGUAGCGCCUACGGCCUCGUGUCGGCUACCUUCGCGGCGAGUCUUGUCACCUCUCCUGCGUUGGGCGCCUACCUGGGCAAGAUGCACAGUGAUGACUUGGUUGUAGGGCUAGCAACGGCGAUAGCCAUAUUGGACGUUUUCUUCAUACUGGUUGCAGUGCCAGAAUCCUUGCCGGAGAAGCUGAGGUUGUCGUCGUCUUGGAGUGCCCAUAUUUCAUGGGAACAAGCAGAUCCUUUUUCGGCUCUGUGGAAGGUCAGCAAAGACCGUAAUGUAUUGCUGAUAAGCGUAAGCGUGUUCCUCUCGUACUUACCAGAAGCUGGCCAGUAUUCUUGCUUCUUUGUCUACCUCAGAUUGGUUAUGGACUUCACAGCAGAAAUGGUGGCAUGCUUCAUUGCUGUGGUUGGAAUUUUGUCUGUCGUAGCCCAGACUGCAUUGCUGAGUCUGCUCAUGAGAAAACUCUCCAACAAACAUGUGAUCAUAGUUGGACUGGUUUUCGAGAUGCUUCAGCUCAUGUGGUAUGGGUUUGGUUCUAAAAUGUGGAUGAUGUGGGCAGCUGGGCUCUUGGCAGCUAUAUCUUCCAUCACAUACCCUGCCAUUAGUGCCUAUGUUAGCACCCACACAGAUGUAGAUAAACAAGGUGUUGUGCAGGGUAUUAUAACGGGAAUGAGAGGACUUUGCUCAGGCUUGGGUCCAGCAGUUUUUGGAUUUAUAUUUUAUCUCUUCCAUGUUGAUCUCAAUUCAGACCAUGCGGAUGAUGGACUUCAUAAGCCAAAUGGAUCAAGUAUUGGAAAUAGUACAACUCCACAUGGCAUCAGCAGUCCAAAUUUGGUCCCAGGUCCCCCAUUUGUUUUUGGGGCAUUGUUAGUGAUUUGUGCUUUAAUGGUGGCAGCGUUCAUACCAGAGAGUCAAAAUAGAUCCGCGAGUAAAAAUAGGAAACAAUCAGGAGGAAGUUUAGAUUUGAGUUAUGAGAGAGGUCACAAGAAAAAUGAUAGUCUUGAUGCAGCAUCCUUACCGUUGAUGGAUGAGACUGAUGUCCUUUAGCAGUGACUAGGAAAUAGAAAUUGAAGUUUUAUUCUAAAUUGCCAAUUUUAUGGCAACAAAUUAUGUGCAGUGAUCAUGUUGAAAGUUGCACUUUAUUCAAUGUAAACAUUCAUCGUACCAAUGUGCAGUAAAGUGAGUGACUGUGUAUUGGAAAACUAGGCCCAGCUUAGAAGUGGUGCUUAAAACAUGUUGUGAUAACAAUUAAUUGACAACUAAAGCAGCAGUGAAAACUGGCAGGAAUUACCAAUGUCACAAACGGAAAAGGAGACUGCCACAAGUGUGCAUUUGGUGCUGGUAUGAACAGAGAUUGUCUUUAUUUUUCCUUCUUAUUUUUUUUUUCCCCUUGAUUCGUUUGCCUUCAUUUUUGUAGCCGUAAAUUCUCUCUACUUCUUAAUUUAUUUUGAACACAGAUAUCAGAACAUAACAUUGCCGUUUAGAGUGGAAGUUUAGCAGCAACUGCUAUGGUGAAGCCUUUUUUUUUUUUUUUUUUUUUUUUUUUUUUUAUCUUCAAGAAAGUCUUUUUUCUCUUGUGAAUUUUAUUUAUGGACCAAUUAUAUGCUUGUUUCAGCUGGCAUUGUAAUGGUGCUUCUUUAUGCUGCUGAAUAGAUGAAGAAGGGGUUAGGGGUGCCCUUCAUCACUCCCUCUUGUGAUAAUGCAUGCUACUGUGGAAUCAUAAAUGAGAGAUAUGGCCGCAUCGUCGGUGUUGUUAGGCGUGGUCAUUUAUUGUGAAAAAGAAGGGACACGAGUUAUACAAAAAAAAAAAAUUAUGGUAUAUCUCUUUCCUCCCUCUUCUGUGUGCAUUGUAAUGAUAAAAAGAUUUAGAUUUUAUACACUAGAGAAGAUAGGACCUCAAAGAUUUUUAUUUUGUAUCUUAAGACUAUUAUUAUAUGGUAAGAAAGGCUGUGUGAACAUAAAACUUCAGACUGAAUACUUUAGAGUCUUGUUCUGUAAAUAAACAUCUGCUUCAUCAUUCAUCCCCAUCUUUCAAGAGCGUAGUGUUCACACACAGUUUUUUAGGGUCCUUUGUUUAGCAGUGUUUUCUCUCUCUUUUUCCCAAAGUUGUCUUUAGUGGUCUCUGAAUGUGAGUGGAAUUCAGGGUAUUGAUAAUUUUCAUUGUUUAUUAAUUUCAGAUAUGUUCAUGCUUCAAGUAUGUAUUAGGUACAAUGUAAAGCAUUGAUUGCAUUUGCAGAAGCCGUCCUUGACUUAGCAUGAGUGCUGUAUGGUAUAUGUACUACUGUUGUACAUUUUUUUUAUUUGUAUAUGGAGAGAAAUAUAAAACAUUCUUCCUUAUUACUGUUAUAAUUGUUUUUAUUAUUACGCACACAAUUGUAUGCUCAUUUUUGUGUGACAAUUUCUUAUAUUUUGUAGAUUUGCUUUUGUAUCGUUGCUUUCUGAGGAACUGAAGGAUGAUAAUACACAGUAUUGUAAAUCAUUUGAUAGGAAGGUUACAGGAAAGAUUAUCUCAAAACUUUCUUCUUUUCUUUCUUGCGUAUUUUUUUUUUAUUCUUGGAAACUUAAACACUUACACCUACAAUUUCAAUUUCAGUAUCAUGAUUAUUUAGAAAAGGUCUUUGUCUCAUUGAAGUCGGCCUGCAAAACACUGCCUCCUGCUGACUCUGUGAUAAGUCUGUACAUUAUGUUUUAAAACAAUUUAAUUACAAUAAUGGCGUGUGUCAUUAGGAAGUAGGUAGACUAGCUUACAUAUGGAGAAAAUGAAAAAAAUUUGUUUUGUAGAAAAAGCAUUAUUUUCCGUCUUGGAAAAUUUUGUCCUAGGAAUUAUCAUCGUAUAUUAUUUGCCUUAUUAGAUGUAUAUCACUCAGAUUUUUUCACCUAUCAGCUACUGUUGCAGUAAGAACAUGUAAAAAAAAUUACAAAGCAUAAUAUAUUGUUGAACUAUUUUUUCUGCAUUUAUAGAAUUUAAAAUAUGUAAGUAGUUCUUUAUAAUAAAAAAAAAAGCUUUCAUUCAAAAUAGGGGUUGCAAUUGCUUACUUAUCAGGGCUACUAAAUACCAGUAAAAAAUAAAGAUGUGAUAUAUAUUAAACUAUACAUCGGUUUAGAAAACUGGUUUCUAUAUAAAAACGAGAACUGUAUUUGAAGGUACAGGGCAGGGCACUGGAAGUCCUAAUUGAUGCAUAGAGUGCUUACAAAUCAUAGAUCCUAUAUGGAGUGCCCUUAGAAAGUGAUAGGGAAAUUGAUAGGGAUUAUAUCCUUAACAUAUCUAAUGUGUUGCUGGUACAUAUAUUUUUACUGUAUUGGGUAUAAAGCUAAUACUUCAACACGCCAAUUAUCACAAAAGACUUUGGGGUUAUGUUACUGCUUUAAAUGGUACACAGCAGGUCAGUCCUUUUGAUAAAGGUUAUCUUUUACGUUACCUCUUUCAGAUCUGUUUCAAGGCAAGGAUGUCCUUGUAUAGUCAUAGGUUUCUAUAAAAAUUUCACUUUGUUUAGCUUCCCUCCCAAGCUUCUAAAUAUAUUCAACAGGGUAGUGUAUAGGCCGCUGCUCAUCAAAUUAAAAAUGAAAAAAAAUAUAUAGAUAUACUGUAUAUGUAUAUACAUAUAGUAUAUAUAUCAUUCAUUCCAGUAAAAAAAAAAAUUAUAAUACAUGAACCAAACUUUCUCCUUAAACCAUAUCAUCUCAUUUAACCACAUCUCAUCAUAGUAUUAAUUUUCUUAUUUAAUGUAUUGUGUGAUAAGUGUUAUAUACUUUGUCUCCCAUCAUUUUUCUGCGAUACAUGAUAGCCCUGCCCUGUGAGAAUUUACAUCAUCAUACGUGAAAAGUACGGUUGAAAAAGAGACGUUUUAAGAAAAAUAAAGCCAAUCUUACCA